AUGAGAACCCCAAAGCUUUUUCAUACCCUCACGUCGAGCGCUAUGCUGCUAGCAUGCCUCCCAUACAUCCUAGCACAAUGUGAUCUCCCCUCAACCUACAACUGGACCUCAACUGGCGCCCUCGCAGACCCUCAGUCUGGCCUGGCAUCUCUGAAAGACUUCACAGCCGUCCCAUAUAACAACCAACACCUGGUUUACGCAUCCUACGUUGACUCUUCCUCGAACUACGGCUCACUCAACUUCGGCAUCUUCACUGAUUGGAGUGAUAUGGCCGUCGCAAGCCAAAGCAUCAUGACAUCCAGAACUGUCGCACCAACCCUCUUUUACUUCUCCCCCAAAGACAUUUGGAUCCUUGCAUACCAAUGGGGAUCUACAUCAUUUUCGUAUAAGACAUCCACCAACCCAGCCAAUGUAAGCAGCUGGUCUGGGGCGCAGGAGCUCUUUAACGGGACAAUCUCUGACUCGGGUACGGGGGUGAUCGAUCAAACGGUCAUUGGCGACGAUGAGAACAUGUAUCUCUUCUUCGCCGGGGACAACGGUAAUAUCUACCGCUCCAGCAUGUCUCUUUCCUCCUUCCCUGGAUCCUUUGGAGCUGAAUAUGAAACAAUCCUCACCGACUCCCGCAGCAACCUGUUCGAAGCAGUCCAGGUCUAUACCAUCCAAGGUGCGACUACCACAAGUUUCCUGAUGAUCGUCGAGGCAAUGGGGUCUGAAGGGCGGUAUUUCCGAUCUUUUACGGCGGAUAGGCUAGACGGAGAGUGGACGGUGCAGGAGGGUGCGGGGACAGAGAGUAGUCCGUUUGCUGGAAAGGCAAAUAGCGGUGCGAGCUGGACGAAUGAUAUCAGCCAUGGGGAUUUGGUAAGGGUAACGGCAAACCAAACAAUGGGUGUUGAUGCUUGUAAUCUACAGUUGCUUUAUCAGGGGAGGGAUCCGUCCAGUGAUGGGGAGGAUUAUAAUUUGCUGCCUUAUCGGCCGGGGGUUUUGACGCUGCAGGUUUGA